AUGAAAAUCUCCACUUUCUUUUCAGCAUUCUUCCUGGGCUUCACCUACGCAGCUACGUACUCCAAUCCCUUGAGGGAAGUCAAUGGCGGAGAUCCAGACAUCACCUACCAUGAGGGGUACUACUACUUCAUGUCGACCACAUGGAGUGACCUACAGAUGACGCGAGCAACGACUCUCGAGGGCUUGAAGGAUGGAGAGACGAAACAAGUCUGGGUGGACUCCACACCUUCGAGGUGUUGCAAUGUUUGGGCGCCGGAAAUGCACUACAUCGAUGGAGCAUGGCACAUUUACUACUCCGCAGGACCCAAUCCGCUCGGCGACCAACGAUCGCAUGUCAUAGUCGGCGGCUCAUCACCAUGGGACACCUACACCUACCUCGGAUCCAUCGUCUCCGACCGCUGGGCAAUCGACGGCACCGUCCUCCGCUUCCCCGACCAAAACUACUUUGUCUACUCCGGCUUCCAAGACAAUGGCAAACAAAGUCUCUACAUAGCGCCCAUGACUUCCGCCGCCACGAUCGGAGACUCUGCGCUUCUGUCGUCUCCAGACGCCGAGUGGGAGAGCCAGGGUGGUUUCCCGGUCAAUGAAGGGCCGCAUGCUUUGUAUCAUGGCGGGCAGACAUUCCUGACAUUUUCGGGGUCGUAUUGCUGGACGGCAUCGUAUGCUCUUGGAUUACUGACCUGGAACGGGGGCGAUCCCAUGCUCGCAACGAGCUGGACGAAAACUGGACCUGUUUUCUCUUCCGCGAACGGAAACUAUGGCACCGGGCAUAACAGCUUCUUCAUCAGCCCCGACGAGAGCGAGAUCUGGAAUGUGUACCAUUCUACUCCUAACUCAGGGGGCGAUUGCGGCAGCAACCGAUACUCGAACGCAAAAGUGGUCGAGUGGAACGAAGACGGCUCGCCUGAUUUUGGUCAGGCUCCUGCGUUUGGCACGGUCUUGCCAGGCCCGAGUGGUGAGUGA